AUGAUCACCAAAGAAAAAGAAUUGAUUGAUAAUAUUCUGAAAUACUUCUCACUCCAAGAACAGACUGAGGGCAGAAAAUUAUACUAUAAAGCCAAAUGUUAAAUCACACAAGGUGAGGAAUUAGAUCUCUAGAAACUGGAAGAUAUGUGCAUUAAUUAUAUGGAAGGAAUUUACUUUGUUCUAUAGUAUUAUUUCAAAGGAGUUCCUUCAUGGGAAUGGUACUAUCAUUAUUAUUAUGCUCCUCUGUGCGGAGACAUUGUUGGAGUUGUAUCACAAAUAGUACAACAAUUAUCAGAUCAGGAAUAGCCAAUUAUAUUUACAAAGGACAAACCAUAUCCACCAUUCAAACAACUUCUACCUAGUAUCCUAACUCCAGAAAAUGCUAUGCUAUUGCCUGAACCAUAUGGUAAGUUGUUAACAGACAAAGAGAACUCCAUCCUUAGAACUCCUAUUGACUAUUAUCCUGAAAGUUUCGAAACUGAUUCCUACGGUACAAUGUACGAACAUCAACAUAUUACAAAAAUUCCCUUUUUGGAUUGCAACCUUGUUGAGUAGGCAUAUAAUUCAAUCCCUGAUACACAUGAUUCAAGAAAUGAAUAGGCACUUUCAAUCUUCUAUCAAUAUGAUUCAACCCAAUAAUAAAUCUACGAGUCUACUCUUCCUAAACUUUUCAGCAAUUUCAAAUCAUGUUGUAAGAAAUAGUUUAUUGACAUUGAGGAUAAAGAAUAAUUCUAAAUUGCUUAUGGACAAUAAUAAAUUCUUGAGUAAUAAGAGGACUCAUUCUAAAUUCCCUCAUUGAAAGUGGUGAGUAUAAGAUCAUCAAAAUUGAUAAACAUACAAUAACACGAAGAUGACAUAAAGAAGUUUGAGAAUUAAUUCUUAUUGAUAGAAUUACAAUAGACUAAAUUCGAUUUUGAUUAAUUCAUUUAGGAUGUGAUCAAGAAUAAGAAUUUUGCCCAUUGUGGAUUCCCUAUCCAAUAGUAAUGUGAGGUAAUGGCAAUUCUGAGACCUGAUCAUCUACACCUACUUGAUGGAGUUAAACUCUAAUCCAUUCAGAUGCUUAAAGAUUACAGCAAAAAGGAUCAUAACAAGAUCUAUAAAGAAAUAAGGAACAAAACCUUAAAUUAAUAUGAGAAAUGUAUGAAAUUAGAUUGCUCGACAUUUUUGAUUGUCAAACAAUACAAGCAUUACCUCAGAGAUAAUAAUAAUCAAUUGAGUUACCCAUAAGAGCAAUACAGAGAGUUAGUGUACCCCUUUGAGUUUGUAUUUCCAGAUCAGAAGGUUAAAUUCAACGUUCCCAAUUUCGAAGAUUUUCAAAUCGAUAGAUCAGUUGUGAUAUUCCACGAGAAGAAAAAUGGAGCCACAGGAAUCAUCAAAUAAAUUGAUAAAAAAUUAACUGUUCAGAUUACAGCCUAUCCAACUCUAUUGGGAUAUGAUUAUAUUCACUCUGACAUUUAUUACUCUUUGCAAAUUGUUAGUGAGAAACUUCAAUGUUCAGUUAAAACACUAUUGAAUUUACUUGGCAGUGUUGUUGUGAAUAUGGAAGACAAGGAAUCCAAGAUUGCUGACCAAUUAGACAUUGGAUUGAAUAUCAUCAAUAGAACUAAUAAUCAAUUAGUGCCUGAACUAGUUCGAUUGCCUUAGGCUGAUUAAUAUGCAACUGGGUCAUCAAACUCUCUGAAAAAUGCGUCACUGAUUACUAUGCAAAUACAGAAAUCAAUGCUCAAGAGUCUAAAUCAAAGGAACUGUCCAAUCAAUGCUAAGGAUCUAUUUCCUAAUUCAACUGAUCCUAACAUCGAUCUGCUUAAGAUAUACAUAUGGAUUCUGCAAUUACCUGAAUCUUAGUAUUUAUUGUAGGGCAGCUCCUCAAAAGUAGCCUAAAUCAAAAUCCAUAAGAAACCCAUCCUGAAUAACAACAUCAAUACCACAAAAAAAGUAGAUCCAGGUUUUGCUGUGUAAUAAACCACUCAGACCUUCCUUCCACCCUUCUUUAUCAAACACCCCACAAUACAUAAAAUUGGAGAUAGAGUAGUGAAUUUAAAUUAUCCCUUUGGAAUCUAUGGCACUGUAGUUGGAUUGCUGGAGUAAAAAGAGAUUAUGGUUUAAGUCUUAUGGGAUCAAAAGCACAUUGGAUUCACCAAUCUUGGUGGAAGAUAUGACCUAUUAUCGUGUUCAACCUGUAAGUUUACAGAAAUCUUUAAUCUGUCCAAUGAAGAUUGGAGAAUGAACCUUGCUAAGAGAGGAUGUCAUUAAGGGGAAUAUUGGGAUUUAUGGACAAAAGUGUAUAAACCUGACUUUAAAUCAAGAGCUAUUGAAUUCAAUGAUCAAUUAAAAGAAUAGAAUCCAUUCAAGUAACUAGUUGAAUUACCAGUUGAAGUAAAACCCAAAGUCAUGGUAAAGGAGAAAGAGGCUCCUCAAGGGUUUGAGUUAAUUUAAAAACUCGCCCAAGAACAACCCAACUUAAUCACAAAUUAGCCUCUGUAAGGAAUCAAGGAGGAAUUGAUUGAGCAGAAUGAGGAUGAGGCUUAAAAAGAAAUCAAAAAGCUAUUUUAAUUGUAUUAAUAAAAAGAUUUGCAAUCGCAAGGGGAAUAAUAAAAACAAUCAUAGAAAUAAAAUGAUGAAGAUGGCUCAAAAGUGUAACCUUAAUAGGUAGAAGAGAAUGAUGACAAAUAGCAACCCUAAUCACAGAUCAAACAAUAAGUUUAGCCUUAAUAAAUCAAAAAAGUAUUAACUAAAAAAAAAGAUUAAUAAUUAUAAUAAUGA